UAAAAGACCAAAUACAGUAAUUUCGGGGAGAUCCAGGUCCAGGUGAAAAAGUGCCCAAAAAAAAAGAUUUUGAUAUCGCCCGUAAUCUGUCCUCUGUUUCAGCUUCGAGAUGACGCGACCAAGACGGAACCUUCUUCUUCUUCGACUCAUCAUCCCCAUGUGAAGCGUGAACGGUGGCAAUUGUACAUAUAUAUAUAUAUAUAUAUAUAUAUAUAUAUAUCUCCAAGAAGGAAUGAACGUUUCUUCGGUAAAAGGGGCGACAAUGAAGCAACAAGAAGAUGACCUCUGGAGCUCUCUACCAGAGGAUGUUGCCCUCAAGAUAGCUUCCAGCCUGCAGGUAGGCGAUGUCUGCAAUUUGGGUAGCUGCUCCACGUUCUGGAGGGGGCUUUGCCGGUCGGAUUUUCUCUGGGAGUCUUUGGCCCGACAAAGGUGGCCUCUUCUACUGGGUCCCUGCGGAGAUGAUUCAUCAUCUUCUUCUUCUUCGGUUGUUCGUGGGUUCGAAAGAAGUGGAUUUGAUAUGAACAUGGAGCCCUUUUACGAGAGGUGGGAGUGCUUCUACAUAAAGUGGCACAAAGAGAUGGCCCGAAGAGCUGUCUUGGUGGUUCAGUAUAUUGAGCAAUACACGUCCAGUGACUCUCUCGAGAUCAGGGAGUACCUAAAAGCAAUAGAAGACUUGAGCUUCAUGCAACUCGGGUUCACAGACAUUCAAAUGUUCUUCUUCAGACCCAAAGUCAGUGUGCUGAUAAACUUGGUGGGCUUGCAUUACUGCAUCAAUUGGCUCGGCGUGCCUGCCGAGGAUGUAAUGAAAGCGCUUGAGAAUCACAGUAUCUCGCAGAGGCAAGUGUGCGUGAAGUGGUGGAAGGUUGGGAGAUGGUUCUAUGGGUUCCGUAUGAGAGACGAGUCCCACUCUCGUCAGGUCUCCCUUCAGGACAUCACCACCAAUGCCCCAGAAAAGAAAAGCGAGGUCCUUGGGGUCCUCCGUCGUGGUGCAGUUCACGAAGUCUUGCGGGUUCAGAUCUCUGUUGCGGCUCCUUCUUAUACUUCCUGGUCCCAUCAAAGCAGCUAAAGUUGGAGACUUGGGAGUGGCCGGGAAAUUAUUUUAUGUGUAUAUGUUUGUGUAUGCAUAUGUGCAUAGUGUCUGUACAGGUAAGUGCCCGAUCGAAAUCUUCGCAAAUUUAUCGUAUAACUGUUCAAUAAAUCUUUUUGUUCAUGGUGGUGAUAUUGUUUAUUCAAUAAAAGGGCUCGUACUAAUUGAUCUUGA